AUGCUGUUGCAUCCCACGGUGUCAGGAUUGUGCGCCAUGUUGCAGACCAUCUAUGAGACGGAGUCCUGUUUUUCCUCUGCCAGCGCAGACAGCCACCACCAGCCUCUGGAGCUCCUGAGUGGCAACAAGGGCUCCGGCACUGCCAUGCCCACUGCCGUGGUGGAGGUGAAGAGCAGCCUCCCAUCGGGCAUGCAGAGCCCAGUAGGAACAGUGAGUGAGCAGAGAGGAGGCGGAGAAGGAGGAGGGGGUCCAGGAGAAGGCCCAGGAGGAGGCGGGGGAGGUGGCCCAGUGGAUCUGCGGACCGAGUCUCGGGUGGGGUCUCUGUCUGGGGGCGCGGCGGCGGUGGACACGGCCAUAAGGGAGCAGCAGCUCCAGCAGGAACUCGUCCUCCUCAAGCAGCAGCAGGAGCUCCAGAAGCAGCUGCUGUUCGCCGAGUUCCAGAAGAAACACGAAGUGCUCACGAGGCAACACGAGGUCCAGCUGCAGGAGCACCUGAAGCAACAACAGGAGCUGUUGGCGGCUAAGCGGCAGCAGGAGCUGGAGCAGAAGAGGAAGCUGGAGCAGCAGAGGCACGAGGAGCAGGAGAAGCACCGGCUUGAGCAGCAGCUGCUGCUGCUGAGGAACAAGGAGAAGGGCAAAGAGAGUGCCAUCGCCAGUACAGAGGUGAAGCUGAAGCUGCAGGAGUUCCUUCUCAAUAAGAAGGAGCCCGGCAUCGGCGGACUGAACCAUUCCUUCUCUCCAAAGUGCUGGGGAGCCCAGCACAUCUCUCUGGAGCAGGGCUCUCCUCCGCAGAGCAACACUCCAGGAACUCCUCCCUCAUACAAACUACCCCCGCUGCUGGGGAUCUACGAGGGAAAAGACGACUUCCCACUCCGCAAGACAGUCUCGGAGCCCAACCUGAAGGUGCGUUCACGGUUGAAGCAAAAGGUGGCAGAGAGGCGGAGCUCUCCACUCCUCCGCAGGAAGGACGGAACCGUUAUCAGCACGUUUAAGAAGAGAGCCAUCGAGAUAUCAGUCUCCUCUUUCUGUAAUAGCGCUCCAGGUUCUGGUCCCAGCAGUCCCAACAGUUCCAACUCGGCUAUCGCCAAUGGCAACACGGGGUCGGUGCCCAACAUACAGACUGAGCUGAGAUCUCUCCAUCAGACGCUGGGGGCUGAUGGGACAUUGAGUCCUCUGAAUCUCUACACCUCGCCCUCCUUGCCGAAUAUUUCCUUGGGCCUCCCCGCCAACACUCACAUCACGACCUCCCAGGCACUUUCCAACCAGCAGGAGGCUGAGCGUCAAGCCAUCCAAUCGCUGCGAGGGGGCGGAGCUCUAACAGGGAAGUUUCUCUCCACAUCCUCCCUACCGGCAGGGGUGGGGCAUGAGGUAGAGACACCGCCCCCCAGCUCUCAUUCCGCCCAUUCCUCGUUAUUGCAACAUGUACUACUGCUGGAGCAGGCCAGACAACAGACUGCUAUGCUAGCUGUCCCCAUGUACAGCCAGUCGCCGCUGGUUACGGCAGAGAGAGGCGUGUCCAGCGGCAUGCGGGCGGUCAACAAGUUGCCUCGCCACCGGCCGUUGGCUCGGACCCAGAGUGCACCUCUGCCCCAGUCCCCCCAGGCCCUGCAGCAGCUCGUGGUCCAGCAGCAACACCAGCACUUCCUGGAGAAACAUUACAAGAUGCUAUCGAAAGGGGCGGAACUUCCCAGGCCGCCGCCCACCCACCCAGAGGAGACUGAGGAGGAGCUAACAGAGACCAAUGACAUGCAGGAGGACGACGAAGGAGCAAGCCUACACAGGCUCCAAAAUGAGGGCUCAGACGACAGCACGCCCUCCUCCGAGCGGCUUGGCGUGCACGUGAAGUGUGAGGAGGAGUAUGGGAGCGUGCAUGUGAAAGGGGAGAGCACAGAGAGUGAGCUGGAUGAAGAGGAGGAGGAAGACGACAUCCUCCAGCUGAGGGAGGGCGAUGAGGAGGAGAGGGGCAGCUACACGCAGGCCUUGCAGCAGCUGGGCGUGUUCCAGUCCCCGUUGCCCCACAGACCUCUGGGAAGGGCGCAGUCCUCCCCCGCGGCCACUGUCAACCCCAUCAAACACCUCUUCACCACCGGGCUUGUGUAUGACAGUCUGAUGCUGAAGCAUCAGUGUGUGUGUGGCAACGCUCACAUCCACCCAGAGCAUGCUGGGAGAGUGCAAAGCAUCUGGUCCCGACUGCAGGAGACGGGCCUACUAGGCCGCUGUGAAAGGAUUCGGGGGCGUAAAGCAUCUCUGGAUGAGAUCCAGUCCGUCCAUUCAGAGUUCCACACUCUGCUAUAUGGAACCAGUCCGCUGAAUCGACACAAACUGGACCACAAGAAGCUGCUGGGUCCAAUCAGCCAGAAGAUGUAUGCUGUUCUUCCCUGUGGAGGAAUUGGGGUGGACAGUGACACCGUGUGGAACGAGAUGCACUCGUCGGCGGCAGUCCGCAUGGCAGUCGGCUCCGUCAUCGAGCUGGCCUUCAGGGUGGCGGCAGGCGAGCUGAAGAACGGCUUCGCGGUGGUGCGUCCGCCGGGCCACCACGCCGAGGAAUCCACCGCCAUGGGGUUUUGUUUCUUUAAUUCAGUAGCCAUCACUGCCAAGCUGCUGCAACAGAAGCUGGGCGUGGGCAAGAUCCUCAUUGUGGACUGGGACAUUCACCAUGGCAACGGCACCCAGCAGGCCUUCUAUAGUGACCCCAACGUCCUCUACAUCUCCCUCCAUCGCUACGACGACGGAAACUUCUUUCCUGGCAGCGGAGCUCCUGAGGAGGUGGGAUCAGGUGCUGGUGGUGGUUUCAAUGUGAACAUAGCGUGGACCGGAGGAGUUGAGCCGCCUAUGGGGGACGUGGAGUACCUCACAGCCUUUAGGAGCGUAGUGAUGCCCAUCGCUCAGCAGUUCAGUCCAGACGUGGUCCUGGUGUCCGCGGGCUUCGACGCCGUGGAGGGUCAUCAGUCUCCUCUGGGAGGAUACAACGUCUCCGCCAAGUGUUUUGGUCAGCUAACGCAGCUGCUGAUGGGUCUGGCGGGCGGGCGCGUCGUCAUGGCGCUGGAGGGAGGUCAUGACCUCACAGCCAUCUGUGACGCGUCGGAGGCCUGUGUCGCUGCGCUUCUGGGAGACCCGUGUGACUCUGUGUUUCAGUGGCCUCAAGAGAAGCCCUGUCCAAAAGCUUGGGCCUCACUGGAGAGAGUGAUAGAGAUCCAGAAUACACACUGGUCGUGUCUCCAGAGUUUGUCUCAGACAAGUGGCCACUCGCUAUUGGACGACCCCCAGGGGGCUCAGGGCCAGUCGGAGAAGGACGAGGCCGAGACGGUCAGUGCCAUGGCCUCGCUCAGCGUGGACGUUGAUCAGCCCGGCUCAGAUCCAGACAACGCAGAAACCAGCAGGUCCACGGAAGAGCCAAUGGAAGAAGAGCCUGUGUUGUAAGAAGAGCUUCAAGGAGAAUCACACACAAAACAACUACAAAUUCACCUCCUUCUGGCACCUCCUCUUCCUCCUCUUCUUCUUCCACAGAGUGUGCGGAGGCGCACACACACAAACACACUGAGCAGAAUCGUGCCGUUGUGGAGGACUCCCAAUCUUUCCCGAGGAGAACGCCACGGACAGAUGCAGACGCAGACGCAGACGGGGGACUGUAGGAAAACACGGACGCGUCUCGUUUCUUCAUCAGGCCCAGAGGCGGAGCAAACGACUUGUUGGCAUCUCCGUGGAAACCAGAGGAGAAGAGGGUCAGCAAGGAGACACACGUCUUGUAACCUGCAUACUUUACUACCUGUACACAGCACCACUGAAUUGUGUUCCCUUCCAUCCACUUAAUCGCUCUCCUGUCCUUCCACGACUGUGGAAUUUGAGUCAAAAUGUCAGCUGCCAAGUGGACGCCUUGUCCUCUUGUUUGUCUGUUGGAGAAUACGGCUCUGGGCGGAGGAGGAGCAAACUGUUUUUAAGAUGAACAGAGGAGGAACUCGGUGCCUUUUUAUUAAAAGAUACAAAUAAAUAAAAGAAGAUCCAAUCAGAAACCACAAAACACGACCGCCGCAGCACCUCAGCUAACCAACCAGCCAAUCAGGACUGAAGAAACACCGACGCACACGCUCACACUGCUGUCGUUUCAGUCAGCUCCUUUCUUGUUUCUUCAUCUGGAUGCCUUAAUUUGUUCUUAUCUCACUAUUCAGCAACCUUGAGAGAGAGAAUCAAGAGAGUUCAAAGUAUGUAUGUAUGUAUGUGUGUGUGUGUAUAUAUAUAUAUAU